AUGGUUCGUAUUUUUGCCCUUUUCGCCCUCGGUGGGUUAGUAGCAGCCGCACCACGACCUGCGACAGACAUACCUGCAAUCGUAACAGCGCCUCCGCGAGGAUCAGAGCCAGGUGCAGCUCCAACACGUGUGACCUCAGAUCUAACAGGUCCAACCACUCAUGGGCCAUACUCUGGUCAGGCAACAACGACUGGGCAGAAAAAAGCCCCAACCACUUUACUUGAAAAGUUCGAUGGACCGGCAACUCCAAACCCGACAGCGACGUACUACAACCCCAAUGGGGAACUGAGGGCUCCAGCGCAGCUUCCAUUCGUACCUGGCGGUGGCGUUGGUGCGAACGGCACGACCGUUCCUAGAUACAUGGUGGAGAGCGACUUCGAUUUUGAGUCUAUAAACUUGGGUCUGCACCAAGAAUACAUCGAACUAGACCUCUUCAACCAUGGACUGGCGAAGUUUUCGGAACAAGAGUUUCUUGAUGCAGGGCUCACCGCCGAGGAUCGGGCAUUUAUUGCAUUCAUGGCCACUCAAGAAAUGGAUCAUGCAACCCUUCUUACGAACAUGCUUGGAGAGGCAGCGCCAAAACAGUGCAUCUACGACUAUCCCUUCACGACCGUUCGUGAGUUUAUUAAUUUCAAUGUGAAAUUAACACGUUACGGUGAGAGUGGGACAUGGGGAUUCUUGAGCCAUCUUGACUCCCGGGAAGUAGCUACCUUAUUAGUUCAGGCUGAGGCUAUCGAAUCACGUCAGCAAAUGGCGUUCCGGCAAAUGUUAGGUCUUCAUCCUAUGCCUGUCUCCUUUACUCCUGGCGUUCCACAGAGCUGGCACUGGACACUUCUUGCUCCUUACAUAUCUGCAUGUCCCGCAAACAAUACGCGCAUUGCAUGGCAAAACUUUCCUGCUUUGCACAUUCUGAAUCAACCCAACCCAAAUAGGGGAUCUCCAAAUGACACACGAGAAGCUGAGAUUAUCGGUCCCCGUGUAGCCGAUCCUAGCAACUCCACCGUGUCUAAAGACGAGUCAUGCGUGGGCAAUACUACCACAGGCUACAACUGCGCUCCAGGCAUCUCACGUAACCGAUCUGAACCUCUUACUUUCCCUGGCCGCAAAAUCUUCCUCGAAUGGGAAGAACCCGGUCUUGCUGUCGGCCCCAACAACAGUUACAUCACGACGACUACAGCUACCGAGCCUCAAUACGUCGCAUGGGUAUCGCAACUCAAUCUAACGUAUACACCGCUUGAAGUCACGGGUCCGAAUCGAGGGUGGAGCUACCAGCCGCCAAAUGAGGUAUAUGUAGGUGACCCGGCGGUUAAUGAGACGGUGUUUUUAGCAGUUACGGAUAGUAAUUUGUAUCUUACGCCGUUCAAUCUAACGUUAAUCAAUCCGCAUGUAAGAGCGUUAGGGAUCCUUAUUGCUGGUUAA